UAUUCCCUUUCGGUCAAAAUUUUUAAAAUCAUUCGAGUCUUUUUAAAUAAUUUAUUUAGUUUCUUAAUAUUUUGGCAAACACCUAACUGUUACAUAUAGUAUCUAUUCUUUAAGUUUUAAAAUUUGACGUUAUUAUUUUUCCUUCGAGAGUGUUUUCCAAUCUUUCGUCGUGCCUUGGUCGUGGCAAAGCACAAGCUCAAAUUACCAAAAAGUUAUGCAUAAUACUCAAAGAAUAAUACCUAUCUAUAAUCUAAACGUAUAGUAAUGCCGUGUCGUGCUUUAUUAGCUGUAAUUGUUUAAUGUAUUGUCUAUACUAAAUUGCAAUGCCAGUGUGUUGUUGUGGAUUUCUAUUUUGCUGAAACAUGUGAUCAGGGCCAAACAUCGUCUAGGAUGCAACAAACUGCGUUAAGGAAAUUUUUCAUUAUGGCUCUUUUACUGUGUGUAAUAUUGCUUGUUUGGACUAACAUAGGAGUUAUUGGGUUUGAAAGUUUCGCAUACAAAACUAUUCCGGUGAAGAAUAAACUCUGUAGUGUGAAUUUUAAUGAUACUAGGCCUCAUAUGGCCGUUAAAAGUGAUUUAAAAGUUAUAUACUACGUCACACCUACAUACCCAAGGCCAGAACAAAUCCCAGAGCUCACCCGUCUGUCUCAUACAUUAAUGCAUGUGCCUCGAAUACAUUGGAUAAUAGCAGAUGAUCAACCACUGUGUUCUGAACCAGUCCUCAGUGUACUAAAGAAAUCUGGCUUACCAUUUACACAUAUCUCUAGUCCGAAGCCAUAUCCCAACAGAGUUACGAACUUCCCUCGUGGUGUAUCAAAUCGCCGAGCAGCUCUCACCUGGCUAGCGAAUAACGUAAAAGAGGGUAUACUCUACUUCGGGGAUGAUGACAAUACUAUUGACCUGCAGCUAUUCGAAGAGAUGAGACAGACCAAGAAAGUAUCUAUGUUCCCAGUAGGACUCAUAGGUGCUUACGGUGUGUCGAGUCCUGUGGUGAAAGACGGAAAGGUUGUUGCAUUCUUCGAUUCAUGGUCUGCAUCAAGAAUGUUUCCCGUGGACAUGGCAGGUUUUGCAGUCAACAUGGAAUUCCUGAAGCCAUCUGCCAGCAUGCCAUACAUCCUGGGCCACGAGGAAGACGGAUUCCUGGUUAGUCUAAGUUUAAAAAUGGAGGAUAUCGAACCACUAGCAGACAACUGCUCUAAAGUACUGGUAUGGCACACAAGAACAAUGAAAUAUAAGAAGCCUACAUUGAAAUUUAACUAUGAUAAAAUAGAUGCAAAGUAUAAAAAUUUCGCACAUUUGCUCAACGAAACUUCCUAUCUAGGUAUGGCGAACAUUGAUCCUCAUAGCGGGACCAAACCAAUGAUCCUGCGAAAUCGCAAAACAUUCGAAACGUUUGCUGGCAUUCUCUAGUUUACGUUUUAAUUUAUUGACAGCUGAAAUGAAGUCGAUUGCUUAGAGUAGGCGCACACCGUUGAUUUUUCGUCGGCCGAUAGUUUAGUCGGGCAGUUGAUCAGUAUGGGCAUGUAUGGGAGUGCGCACACUACGCCGAUUCGAUUUGGCCGAUUCUUCAUACAAAUUAAAAUCGGGCACAACUAUCGGCCACCUAAAAAUCAACGGUGUGCGCCUACUCUAAAAUUAACUAUUUAAAAUUAUUCUAUCAGUCUUCAUAAAUGCAUAAGUAUACACAAAUGACAUUAAUAAUAAUAGUGAAAUAUCUGUAUCUAUCGAUUUCUCAUUUAGAAAUAUUUAAACACUAGUAAUUAUCACUACAUUGACUGAUUUCGUCAAUUUUUAUUAAAUUAAUGUGUAUCUUGCGCACAUAUUAUCAAUAUAAGUUUCAAGUGUAAUGUAACAUUUAAAUCUUAUUUUCUUCUUGAACAAAUUAUAUAAAUUAAUAUAGACAUGACAUAAAAAUACUGAACUCUAUGUAUACUCUAGUCACGUGAUUGCCCCAACAAUUUCAGCUUUCAAUUACAUUAGUUGCUAUUUAGAUGUUUUUAAAAAAUAUACAAAUAAAUAAUACGUAUUGAUGACAUUUAAUUCAAAAUAGGCUUGUCGGAUUGAGA